GGAAGGGGAAGAGAAGGAGCGAGGCAGUGGAGAAGGAGGAGUUUCAGCCUGCUGCUGCUCGAAUUCUGUCGCGGUGUCCGUUUGCCAGGAGUUUAGUGGUUCGGACUGGACAGAAACGGGUGUGGUGAAGGAGGAGGAGGUGUGGGUUCUUGAUCUGGACCAGGCAGGAUGGGGGACAUCAGUGAUCUUGACCGACAGAUCGAGCAGCUGCGGCGCUGUGAACUGAUCAAAGAAAGUGAAGUGAAGGCUCUUUGUGCAAAGGCCAGAGAGAUUUUGGUGGAAGAGAGCAAUGUGCAGCGAGUGGACUCUCCAGUCACAGUGUGUGGUGACAUUCAUGGACAGUUUUAUGAUCUCAAGGAGUUGUUCCGGGUUGGUGGAGACGUUCCUGAAACAAAUUACCUUUUUAUGGGUGACUUCGUCGACAGGGGGUUUUACAGUGUUGAAACAUUCCUAUUGCUUUUAGCAUUGAAGGUCCGAUAUCCUGAUAGAAUCACCUUGAUUCGAGGGAACCAUGAGAGUAGACAGAUCACACAGGUGUAUGGCUUUUAUGAUGAGUGCUUGCGCAAGUAUGGCUCUGUCACAGUGUGGAGAUACUGCACUGAGAUCUUUGACUACCUCAGUUUAUCUGCCAUAAUUGACGGAAAAAUUUUUUGUGUUCACGGUGGAUUGUCCCCCUCCAUUCAGACACUGGACCAGAUCAGGACGAUAGAUCGCAAGCAGGAGGUACCACACGACGGUCCUAUGUGUGAUCUUCUGUGGUCUGAUCCUGAAGAUACAACAGGCUGGGGAGUGAGCCCACGAGGUGCUGGUUAUCUUUUUGGUAGUGAUGUUGUAGCACAGUUCAAUGCAGCAAAUGACAUUGACAUGAUCUGCAGGGCACAUCAACUUGUGAUGGAGGGUUACAAAUGGCAUUUUAAUGAAACUGUGCUUACAGUGUGGUCUGCCCCAAAUUAUUGCUAUCGAUGUGGUAACGUGGCUGCCAUUUUGGAACUGGACGAGCAUUUACAGAAAGAGUUUAUCAUAUUUGAAGCUGCACCUCAAGAGACCAGAGGAAUCCCCUCCAAAAAACCAGUAGCAGACUACUUCCUGUGAUAUGGUCUCUGCCCUUCAUUUUAGUUUACUUUCCUGUGUUGUUCUGGCCAGCUGAGACUUUGCAGCGAGCUUGGCCUCUGAGCUAAGGAGAAGUCACCCUGGAGGCAGAGUGCUUGCUCCUUCCACUUCCUCGCCCCCCCAAAAUGCACUGUCCCCAGAGAAGCUGGGGUCGUUUCAGAGUAGUUUUUAUUUUUAAUCCCAACAUGACUGUUAGGUUUUUAUUAUUCUCAUACUUUAACUGUGUAAGAAUGGGGGAGAAAAAUCACGCUACAGGAAAACUUAAGUUGCUUGGCCCUCAGUACUGUGCCUUGCGAAGAGUUUUGUCCUUUUUAUGAGGCAGUGGGAAAACUUUUGAUGCUCCAGUUUUACUCCAGCUGUGUGCAGUCAGCGUUCUUGAUCUGUUUUUUGUAAACCAUACUGCUGAAGUCCUCCAUCGUGAUUGAUCUUAAAAGCAACAGAGAUUUUAUCAUUCCAUUGACAUCGCCAGUCAAAAUCCAUACUUCAGAGUAGAUUUCAGCACAGCUAUUCAGACCGUUUCAAGACUUCUUUGAGCAGAUUUGUUUUGAAGGCUCAGUGCUGUUCAUUUUUUUGAGGUUAAAAUUUGCAGCCUGCAUAUUUCAUUUAUUUUUGAGCCAACGAGUCAGUGUUGUGGCAUUCUGGUGUCCAUCUUUUGAACCUGAUCUACAGAAUUUCCUGACAUUUUGUUUACAGUAUGGACUGUUUGAAAUCUUUAAUGAUACAAAAAAGUUGGGUGAGAUGGGUGUCUUAUUUUAUAUGGGCUGCAAGUAGAACUGGCUUCUUGGCUAAGUUGUGAGUAGUGUGCAAAACUGUUACUAGCAGCAUGGAGAAAUAACCCUCUAUGGAUGAAAACAGACCACUGUGACAGUUGGAGAAAAAAUGGUUUCCCUUGUAUUACACCACCACUUGACUGUUUUGAGGGGGGUUUGCAACAGUUCAACUUCGUAUUUUCCCUGGUGAUGAAUUUUCUUAUAUUGUGAUAACUAUUUUUCAUGCUGUAUUGCAAUAAAUUGUGUACAAAAACA